AUGGCUGGCUGGAAGGGUUUCCUUCCAGCCAGCGAGGUUGGACAGUUGUUCAAAGAGAUUGUCGUGCUUACCCGAGUGCCCAAGAAGCAAAUCGGCCAAUGUUUCAAGGCGCUCUCUGCUUCAUUCGAGACAUCUGCGGUUGGCAAUGGCAGUGCUUUGAACACAACUACAGGCAAAGCCAGUGGUGCUGGCACUGAAGAUCUGAUGGCCCGUUUCUGCAGUCAUCUUGGACUUCUGUUUUUUGUUCAAAGCGGUGCCAAGAGAAUCACCAUACUUCAGCAAGACAUGGGUAUCCUUGCUGUUCAAAGUCCUAUCAGUGUAGCUAGUGCUUGUAUCUACUUUGCCAGUCAUCUUUAUAACAAAACCAAGAGUGCAAAGGAAAUUUCUGGUGUUGCCGGUGUCAGCAAGGUCACAAUCAAAAUCACACCUUGUCGACCGGAAGGAUUUCCUUCCAGCCGGCUGCCUUGCCGCCCAUUUAAAGGGUGGAUAUCUGUGGAUACCCGCUUGGAUACUCGCCUAGGCCGACGGAUACCCGCCAGCAAGUGCGGAUGCCCCAUUCCGCUGAAAAACAGAGGGGAUAUCUGGAUGGCCUGGGGCCAUCUCUAA